AUAUGAGUGAGUAGGAAAGGAGAUAGCUCAUGACUCAAAAUAUUUUCGCAAAAUAAGACUUAGUCUCCCACCUACAUGAUUUUCAACCCCGUGAAAGGGAGUGCUUCGUAGGCUAGUGAAAACUGAAAGCCCAAACUCAGGGCUCUGGCCACAGCUUUGGGACUGACUUUCUCCCAGUGGAAUUCACCAUCCAUCUCUGAAGCCCUCAAGACUGGACUUUGGUGGGAUUUGAGUGAUCUUCAGAGAGCUGGUGGGGGAGAGCUGCUCCUGUUCUUUGGGGCGGGAGAGGGAAACUGUGAGACGAGGAGGAUGGAGGGGCCUUCCCUUGUCAGCAAAUCUUGCUACCUGGAACCUCUCAGCGUAGAGAACCUGCUGCAAAUGCGGAGCAAACUGGAGUCCAAGGGGAAGAUGACCAGGGAGCUGAGUGCCCACUUCAACGGUGUGCUGAAAAUGGUCCAAGAAUGUGAGUUUGUCCAGAAUGACGCCAAGAAGGUGAUCAAGUGCAAUCAGGAAGACCUGAAAUAUCUCUGCAGCGAUGGAGAAGACAAGAUCUUUGUCUUCUGCCACAAUGGAGAACCCCCAUAUAUUGGAAAAGAAAGGGACAGUGAUAGGUACCUGUGUCCGUCACCCCCCAAGACAGAACUGCUGAGUAUCAGACACCUACUGAGUGCAAUGAGCAGGCUGGAAUCCCAGGAGCGCAUGACCAACGAGCUGAGAACCUGCUUUGAACAUGCCCUGGAGAAUUUUCGCCAAGAACCCAGCUUCAUACAAGGGAACGCAAGGCUGGUGAUCUGCUAUGAGGAAAAGGAGUUUCAUUUUGUAUCAGGGAAUGGGGAGAAUGAAUUCAUGGUGUACCUGGAGGAUGGCAAACCCCAUUAUGACAGCCCAGUGCUGGGAUGGGGGGCAUACCUUUUUAAAAUGCUUGCCAGUUUUUUUAAAGCGGUAGGGUAAGCCAGAUUUUAACUAGAAGAAGGCUGCAAACAAACAAACAAACAAA